CGCUUUGUUCAUGGAGACCCCCCUGCCAGCUCAAGAAUUAAUUCUCGAGCCUUGUAGCUACUGGAAAGUCGGGAGAGGCCCAUCAAAGAUUCGACCCCCCCUCGAGUUUUGAAUAUAUACACACAUACAAACAUACUUAUAAACACACACACACACACACACUCAAGCACACAUACACACACAAACACACAUACAUAACAUAAAGUAGCCCGACGACAAGAUGCAGCCCACGGCCCGGCUCCUCUUCCAGCCGCGCCUCACCUUCACGCGCAAGUUCCGCAAGCUGCCGCUCACCACCAAGGACAUGAACAAGGGCUUCUACAAGGGAACGCGGACGGGCUCCGUGGGUCGGCACACCAAGUUUGGAGGAUAUGUCAUCGAGUGGGACAAGGUCCGCACAUAUGUCGUCCCCGCGGGCCUGGACACGUUCAAGUUGUCACCGUUCGUAACGAACAAGAUCGUCAAGACGAAAGGCCGAUACGAAGGCUUCGCAGCCGGUCCUAGCGAGCCGUUAUUGUACCUUGAGAGGUGGAAGGAUGAGAACGGCUUGGACUAAGCCGUCGCGGCACACACCGAACCUCAUCAUGCGCCUGAUUUAUAUGGUCCAUGAUGGAACAUGACUACUCCAGCACGACCAUGGGUUGUCAUAUGACAGGGACAGAAGUUCUGUCCUCCGAGCUCUCAUGUCCAUGUCCCAAGUAGGACCCCAAAAACUGAACAAAAGUCAUCAUGGUCCUUUCGGAUAUGUGAGACGUCAAGCGGACGGGAUGUAUAAUACAUAACUGUACAUAUAUAUGUAUACUCGAAACAAAUACCCAAAAACGAAAUAAAGCACUAUUUUCGUCA